UCAAGUGGGCACGUGCACGGAAAUAGCUAGAAUUUGCAUUAUAAUAGAAAGAGGAUCGUAGAUCAUAAUAGUAGUAACCGUGCAAACUAAAAAGUAUAUAUCCGAUAAUAAUUUUGCACUUUUGGUAUUGGAUGAGGACAGUGCAGCCGGACUGUCUGCGGGGUGCGCGCGCGCACGACUGUCAUUGCGUAGUCUCGACUCUCGGGCGGUGUGCUAUCUAACUGCUUGCUGGGGGCAUCGAUAUGCGCGCUAGUAGAGGCUAGCCAGAGAGCACUAGAGGUAGAGCAGUCUCUGCCCGCGGUGGUGGUGUGUGCGAGUGUGUGACGUUCUCUCUAUUUCAAAGAUGGCGUAUGCGCCAUGUUUUUUGUGAUGUUCUUGCGCUGCUGCUGAGCUGAGGGCAGCCAGGCUCUGCAGAGGGACUAUAGGGAAAAGAGAGAAAAGAAGGGAAGGAAGAAGCUGUGCUGUGUAUAGUGCGCGAGUGAGCGAGAGACGGGCGAUACGGCGCAAGAGAGAGAGAGAGAGAGAGAGAGAGAGAGAGAGAGAGAAGGAGCCGUGUAUAGUAUACCUAUAUAGAGCGAGGAAAAGAAAGAUAAGGAGAGAGACAGUCGCGGGGAUAGUGUAUAUUCGCGCUUGGCCAACUUUUUGGGAUUCCAGAGUGUGCAGAAUCGCGCUCUGUGUGUGCUGACUGCUCGGAAGUGAGAGAGAGAGAGAGAGAGCUAAAGGAAGAGAGAGGGAGAGAGAGAGAGAGGGAGAGAGAGGAGACGACAGGACUGCGCGCGUCAAGACUCGAGAGGUUCGCGCGCCGCGCUCUUAUACACGCAGAGGCAACCGAGAACGCGACAACAACGACGACGACGACGACGACGACGAGCUCGGCUACGGCCAGCAGCAGCACGAUUCGCUUAAAAUGGCCGAUGACGAUCCUUGGCUGCUCAAGGAACAAGGCUUCCUGAACGUCGGCACCGAGUGCAAGCAGAUUAUUUACCACCCGAACCUCAAUGUCCUUCUCAUCACCACUGCCAGCGCCCAAGUCCAUGUCUUCGACGUCAACUGCGGCCUCGUCCUCCAGAGAUGUACCCUCUCCGGCAAAACAGAGGGAAAACUGCAAGGUAUUUAUUUGGGUGAGGGAGUAGACAAAAUAUUGUACACAGAUGGCAGAGGAAUUGGAGUCCGCGGCGACUAUAAUGGAGUCCUGUUGCUGGACAGCAUUCUGCAAAUGCCUGUCUUCAGGAGCGGAGACACUAUUAAAUUAGAAAUGUUACUCUCGGAAGCUAUACUAUUGCAUCAUUGUCUGCGAUCUGUAGAACUUCCGGGAGUUAAUCAUGUACAAGAAGUGCUGCAGGAAUUGUCUACCACUAUUGCUUAUGCCAAAACCAGUAGAAAAAAAGGAAUUAAAGCUCAAAAAUGGAACACAAUAUGCCUAGAGCUGCCGCAUGGAGCAUUGAAAUUAGUAUGUUCAAAUUUGGUAGAUUAUCUGAAAAAACAAAAUAAACAUAUACCUGCAUUACCUAUAGCAUCUGCUAUAAGUGAACGUUUAAAUGGCCUACUCCCAGGCCUUGCUAUGGAAAGUGGAACUGUCGACAAAGUUUUAAUGUUCAGUGAAGCAGCUCGCAGAGACACUUUUUCCAAAUGGCCACACAUGAAUUACAAGUGGGCAUUGCCAGACCAAAUGGCUCAAGCUGGCUUCUACCACCAGCCGAAUUCAACGGGCGAAGACAGAGCAAUGUGUUUUACCUGUAGUGUCUGCCUUGUUUGUUGGGAACCAACGGAUGAACCUUGGUCAGAGCACGAGCGACACUCGCCGGCCUGUCCUUUCGUUAAGGGCGAGUACACGCAAAACGUGCCACUUUCAGUAACACUUGCCACGGCACCGGCCCAAGCUGCUGGCGAAACCGUCGAUGUUAUUGGUACGACGAACGUUACUGGUCUCUUGUCCACGGCAUCCAACAACGGUUUUAUCAAUGUUUGGAACGUGCACAAUCAGCUUAAGAGAGAAAUAUCUUUCUACAUAAGUCCAAGUGAGAGCGAGAUAUACAGUAGAGACUCUGUGCAGUUCGUAGCGUCAAAAACCGCUCCUACAACAUGCCCGUUUAUACCAAAUCUCGUCUCGGAAUCGAAUCCACUGGUUGACGCUUACAAACCCACUUCGAGCGCACUAGGCAGUACUAAUAGCAAAUUUCAACUAACAGCUUUGGCACUCGUUGACGGUCCAAAAUCUACGAGCGAAAGCAAGAGCACCAACUCCAGCGCUGGCGCUACAAUAAUGACACAAGAUACCAGCUCUGUAGGAGGAACCUCAAUAAGGCCGUGCCUGGUUUGCGGUGUAUCCGUAACAUCGAGUACUGCGGGAGGCAGCAUUGGUUCGGUCUCGGGUUCUUCUUCCGCUACCACAGCUCAGCAUCAGCUGAGAAGCCUGGAGAACGUGUGGGCAACUUCUACGGAUCUGGCUUCUUCUUCCUCGCUGGUGCGCGCUAUGAACAGUGUCAACAGUGCUGCGAGUAGUAACAGUCUUGACAUAAUGAAAGUGGCAACAGCCGAUGAUACGUGUAGCCCUGCAAAGUCCCAUUACCUCGUGCUAUGUGACUUUCAUCACAAGACUGCUCAACCACAGCCGGCGAAGAAGGAUGGCUCCAAGGACACAAGUAAGAGUAAGAAACAGCUUUCGGGCACGGGAACGAGCGCGAGCUCUAAUGGAGUAAGGCAAGAGAGUCUUUAUCAGGAGAUAUUAUUGAGCAAUUUCCUGCUCGAAGAGAUUAACGAGGAUGUGGACUCUGAGAUGGUUGGUAGCACGCACUUCGACAGUAUCUACGCGGCCCCUCAUACCGUCUUGGCCACUCCUACUGCCAACGGCAUCUUCUACGGCGUACCCAUGAAUAGUUCCAUUCCAACGUCUAGCUCCUUCGACGCCAACUCUAAUCCCAUCAGCCCCUAUGUACCUGAACAGUUCGCGUCAACCUCCAAAAUGACUCAACUUAGAAAGACUCUAGAUACGAUUAAGACAACCAAAGCGGAGCCUGUAGUUAUACAGACGAUUCGCAUCGAAGCCGCGGAUUCCCUGAGGAUCAAUAAGGUCUUAACAACCAAGGAUGGCAAGCAUUUAUUUGUUACUUUGAGUCCUCAACCAAAUACUAAUGCAACCGAGACAUUUUCAAAUACCAAUCAGAUGGAUGUAGACGACGAAACCACGCCGAAGAGCUUCAUGUAUUGGGACCACAAUGAUGUGCAGUCCAAGCCACUUAUAAACGGCGAAACGCAGAACGAGGAGGAGUCAAGCGUAAAUUCCAUCCUUCUGGUAUAUGCAUUGGACUUCUCAGAUACGGUGGUAAAGCUCACAACGGAACCAGUCCUCAGGCGGGAGUUACCACCUGAUCAAGCACCCAAUGAUUGCAUAUUAUUGCCGACUCUUGAGAAGGGUAGGCUAGGAUCGUCGAGUCUUUCUAGUGGUAUGCAAUAUACAGCGAGUAUGGCUUCUGACAGUCUGAGUGCACACGAACCACGUGGACAAGUGGCCUUAGUUUGUAGGGAUGGUGUGGUCAGGCUAUUAGACUUGAGCAAUUUGAAAACUGUAACCGAAACUAAACUUGACGGAAAAAAAUUCAUUUCGGCAGCUUAUUGUACCAGAUUAGAAAGGUUAUGCGCUUGUACUAGUGACGGAGCACUACACUUCUUUAGCAUGACAGCUGAAGACGAUUCAACCGAGGAGAAAGAUGUUGACGAUUUGCAAAUGAUCACCGAUACGAGUAUAAGCGAUGAAAGCGAAUUGGCAACCCCAAGUACAUCGACCUCACCUCCAUUAAACCAGGAACACAUUCUGGCAUACAAACAACAUUUGACAUACUCGGAUUUGCGAACAUUAUACGAUUUAACGAGGUUUGAUCGACGUUCUCCACCGUAUAGUGCGACGGUUCCACCGUGCUGGAGUGAAAUGAUGCAGGCGCAACGUCAACGUCGAUACCCGCAGCAUCUCCAUCAGUCUGAAGACCAGCAUCAUACGCGAACUUGGCGUUUGCAAAACGAUGCCACUACCUGGGAUGAACACAUUUUUGAACUCACAUUGCCUCGGAGUGCUGCUGGUAACGUUGGCCACGUUGAUGUUCGAUUCAGCUUGCAGUUUCCGUGUCUAGAACUUCCAAUGAUACAAGUCACUCUUCUCAAGCAAAAUAUGACUGGAAUUGGAAAUAAAUCUCUUCUAAUACCAGUCGACGAAAAGAUAGAUUUUAAAAUUGGUCGCGAACAAAAGGCUGACAAUCCCAUCAUUACAGAAGAAUAUCAAAGGCAUCACAAUACGGAAAUUCUAUGCGGACCUGUCAAUUUGCAGCGAUGCAUGGAUUUAUCAGAUCAUUCAGGUUGCGUUACGCUCACCAGUCCCAAAUUAUUCCGGACAAAAGCCAAAACGCUUUUAGUACAUAUUAAAGCGUUGAUUGAACCGACUAAAGAAGGGGCCUCGUCCAAAUCGAGAUCUAGUUUAUUAGAAUCAAAACCGCCAACUUCGAAAAAAUUAAGGAUAGACGAAGCUGGACCAUUUCCGCCUGGAGUCACAGUAGAAAGAUUUGCCGCAACCGCAACUAAGAAAUUAGAUUGUUAUAUAGGUUGCGAUUGGAUACAUGAAGUUUCUAUUACUGUAAGAUCUGUACUUCCAACAAAUAUUCCAAAUGAAAAGUUGCAACGGUGUGCAAUGUUGGAAUCGAAAACCUUCAUUGACAACUUGCUGAGUGUAGCAUGUUUGCAAACGUCAGAUAAGUCACCGGUUGUUCAAUCAUUAGCUUUGGAUAUUUUAAUAUGGGUCGCUGCAAUAAGAUUAACAAGAUUACGUACUGGAAUCGACAGUACUAAAACAAAAGCAAUUCAGUUAGAAACUGUUCGUUGUGUACAAGAAAGAUUACCUUGUUUAUUACGAACUUGUUUAUUCCAUGCUGGUCGAAGUAUAGCGCACAAAUGCGUAAAGAUCGUUGUACUAUGUAGCGAGGGCCUUCACAGUUUAGAUGACUCGGCACCUCAUGCUUUUGAAGAAACUGUAUUGUCAGUUUUAGUUACAUUGCUACCUAACAUAGUGAGCGUACAGUGGGCUGGUUCACUACGAUGGCUUGCUGUACUUGUAACGAGAUUAUUACCAUUAGAUAGAAAUCAUAGUGUAGCUCAACAAUGUAUCAAUCUAAUUCAAGAAAUAUCUGUGGAGAUGUCAAAACGUGUGAAUCCAUAUCAUUUGUUACUUGCCACAAGAUUUGGAUUGUACAAUUCUCCAUUUGAAACUGAGCUGUUUGAUAUGGAUCCUCCGGUAUCUCCUAAGUCAAGCUCUGUACCUGUGACAAACACAUAUUCCUCUAUUACAGCUGGUGAACAACCUGUAACGUCUGUAACAUCUGCGACUUCGUCGUACACUCAAGAUGCCAUUGAUUUACGAGAUCUGCUUUCUCUUCCUUCACAUUCAGCAGGCGAUCUCAUUGUACCAAGUAAACUGAAAGCACUGUGUGCUAAUAACAGUAUGAAAGGACUUUUAGAGGUUGAACCCUUGCACUUUACGUGUCACGCGGCUUCUGACGGUACAAAAAUGGAAAAAAUUGAUCCGAGCGUCAAUACUGUAACCAUUGGAGGUGCGCUUUAUGACUCUGCGGCGCCUACUGUGACGAUUGCAACAUCGUCUGAUACUAAAGUAAUUCACCAUGCAUAUAACUUCGAGGCAGGAUCACUAGGAGCUGACGUUCAAUUUAAGUUGAUCGACCACAAAUUAACUGAUCUCCUUAGUCAGUGCACUAAAAAUGCACCAAAGGCCAACUAUGAAGCUCUGUCAAAGAAGUCCCAAGAUUUUUACACGCCCGACGAUCAAUCCGAUAGCGACGAGGCUAGCAAUACGCAGUCUGCUACAACAUCCUUCUGGACUCUAUGUAACGAUAAAUCCCCGACGUUAACUUCUGUUCUGAAAGAAAAGUCCUCUUCGGUAACUAAUGUCGGUACCUCGGCGAGCAAAGUUGAAGAUACCGGUGCGAAAAAGCGCGAUGACAUAAGUUUUCCAUGGGGAAGGUUACUUUGUUGUCCACCACAGCAGGCCUUGGUUGUUGAAAGGAUGCAUUCUGGAGCUCGAAGAUUUGUAAUUUUAGAUUUUGGCGCUCCAGUUUUACUUACCGACUUGAUAAUACCUGCUUGCAGCGACUUGGUCUCUCUUUCUAUUGAUAUCUGGACUAGAAGUGAAGAAACAGAUGGAAUUCGUCUUGUGGUUGCUGGUGAUAUUGGUAAUAAGCCUUUAGUAGUCAGUGAUUUGCAGCCUCCUCCAGUGUGCAGAUUUUUGAAGAUUACAACCAUUGGGCGCUAUGGCAUGUCCACAACUCGGUGCAAGAUUCCUUUGGGAAUGUUUUAUGGACACAUGGUUGUUUUACCAGGGGAAGAUUAUUCAGAAUUGACUGCUUCAGAAACAAAUAUUAACAACAUUUCUGAUCCAGUUUUACAAAGUACUAUAGAAUCACAAUGUACCAUUUUGUCUGCACUUGCUGAAGAUGUUCAGUGCAGAUUUACUUUAGCUACUGAGCGUCUAAAAGGUUAUCUUGAUCCUUUGCUGUGUACAGAAACACCAAAUGUAAUACACAUGCAACAUUAUUUGAGUCAUAGCAAAAACGCUAGUGAUAGUAAGGAUCAGCCGUCAUCAAAGAUUUUGUCUACUUAUCAAGAAUGUAUAAUGUAUCAACACCAACUGAACACAAUACGUGGAGUUUGGCAAAGACUAGAGUCGUGGAGAAGCGUAGAAAGUGCUACUCAAAAUACAUUAGCUAGCGCUUCUUCUGACAAAUUGCGUAUUCUUGGAGAAACUCUUCUGGAUAUAUUACUUUAUACUGUUUAUGAAAUCGGUCCGAUUCCUACCGUGCCAACAACUUUAUAUGAAACAUUCACACCGACUGUAUGUGAACAAUUAUUCAACUCUAUAUGUGUUAUGACCCCAGCACCACAUUUACAGCUCUACGCUGUAGCACUUUUGGCUAGAAUGGCUGGGCAUCAACCAUGGUGGGGAAAUUUCCUUGCAAAUACAUUAAUUAGUCUUUAUUCUGCUUCAUCCACCCACAUUUUUCCUCAAGACAGGGUAUUUAUUCUGCUAACAUUCCUUGGACGCAAAUCAUUGAUUGCCGCAGCUAAUAAAUCGUCAGUAGUAGAUGCUAUGGUUCGUACUUUAGGAAGGCUUUUAGCGCCUUUGUCCAGUGGUCAAACAGAUAACUCGAGUAGACUGGACAUAACCCUUAUUGGCUGGGUUCUUCUUUUCUUAUCUGUGUGCUUGGAUACAACGGCUGUUCAUCCUACCUCAUCCGAAGACAACCACGACAAGAACAAAGAACAAGGUACCCGGGGCUUUUCAUCACGUUGGGAGUUUAUUCAAGGUGAAUUAGCCAUGCAAAGGAAAUUUGUGAGCUCCAGUAGAUCUUCUGCUUCUAGAAGCUAUCGUAAGAAACUACAGAAGAGAUUAAUGCAUCAUAAGCAACAAUUGCAAGACUUGGAACAAGCGAAAAAAUCUUUCCAUACUUCUUCACAGACACAUUCUAUGCUUUCCACUCAGAGCGCUACUUUCUCGUCUAAGUUAGAACAAGCUCUAAAGUCUCAGGAACGUUUUUAUAAGAAAACUUUAAAACAACACUCGGCUAAACACUUUAAAGACCUUUUUAGUAUUCGAAGAAACGAAUUACAUUUGAAUCGCAGUCCUCGAUCACAACCCCAACCAAGCACUAGUCAAGCGGAUCCCCCUGACCCUGAAGGCGACUAUUCAACAAAUUUGUCACAUCAACACGUUCUACCAGUGGCGCGUGGGCUUGUCGCUUUAUUGCUAAACAUUGCCUCAAAUGUAGAUAUGUUUUUGUUAGCUUGUAAAGUUGUAGCUAGGUUAGUUGUAUCUACACGACCUGCGAUAAGUUUGGGUGAGCUUAUGACCGAAGAUCAACUUUUAAAAUUGAUCAGAUUAGCUACGGGUUCAUCUGAUACCGCUUGGUCAUCGCAUGCUGUUUGUUGUCUAUUACAAGAUCUACUAGAAGGAGAAAAAUUAUAUCCACGAAACUCGGCGGCGAAUGAACAAAGUGUUUCCGAAGAACCUUACGAUCCAUUGUCUUCAGAAGAUGCAAGAGCUGCAGAUGACGAUUCAGCUGCUGCUGGUACAAGCACUUCUUCAAAUACUUUCGGAAAUGAUGAAGGAUUCGCCGACGGCGAUGAAGAUACACAGGACAGUAUUAGCGUUGCUCCAACCAAUGCAUCUACGUCAAAAGCAAGUGGAUUUAACCUUCCCUCUUUAAUGGAAUCAGAUGAUAGUGAAUUCGAAGAAUUUUUAGAUAAUAUUCUUGAACGAGGUAAAACAAUCUUGAAAAAGGGCAGUGCUGUGUCAAAAUAUCCAACGAUAACAAGCUCAGGAAUUUCACAAGCAAUUGAUGCAAGAUUAGAAUACGGCGUGGAAACGGGUGUAGAAAUAUCUCUUCGUAGACUUUCUGCUCUAGGAACUUACAAUUUACCUCUGGGUAUAAAUGCUACGAUCAAUCCUACAACCGAUUCUACUCGUCACUCACAACCUUCCACAUCCAGGCAAUCGAGUUAUUCUGAACGUAAUCAAGAUUCUUGGAAUUCUUCGGAUCCACCACCUUCUAGUUUAUUCAUGUUAACCAGGUGUUUUGAUAAAAUUUUUAGUGAAUUGUACAUUCAGGGUAGUGGAACAAACUUGGAGUUGAUUCUGCAACUGUGGUUAACAUUAAACCUUGAUGCCACGUCAGAAUCAAACUCUUCCAAUUUUGAUGCCUCUUUAACUCCAGUAAUACCGCUCAGUUCUACAGCAAUCACUGGACUAAUAUCUGCGUUUUCAUGGCACCCAGGCGUUUCUUUACGAGCUUGGUGUUAUGUACUGCAAUGUUUGACACUUGCUAGUAAUCAGCCGUUGCAAGCGGAACAGGUCGAAGCCGCUAGUUGUAGUACUCCACUGGAUGGAUUAUUAGGCGGCAUGGCCGGAUGCAUUAUAAAAGAACGUAACAUGGGUGCUAUGCUUCUUCGUCUUCUCUCUGGCAAUGGUCUAAAUGUCGAUACUACUAACAAGCACUUUGGAAUGGCUGGUCCAACAUUGUGUCAAGCUCUGCAAGAUUUUCUUCUAAGACUAGAAAUGCGAUGUGAUGCAGCUACGCCUGGAAGUGCAUUAGGAAAUUCUUUAAAGGAACUCUUGUUAUGGGUUGUGUAUCAAUUAGUGCAACCCGGGGGUGCACUUGUCGCUCGGCGUGGCCCCUUGGAUGCGCAAUGCAAGCUUAUCACUUCAUUGCUUCAAUUCAGUUUCACAAAUACUGAUUUGGGCACAGCAAUGAGUAUCUCAGAAUGCGUUGGCGAGUUAGUAUCUACUUAUGUCAGAGGAGCCGGAGUCGGAGCUCAGUGUGGCGGAACAACUGAUGCCACUAGUCAGUCUGGAGGUUUUGGUGGGCUUUAUGCCUGCGUUCUUGGAAGCGAUGCAAGGCAAGGACGACCUGCUUCCUGGGAUGCCUUAGUGGUGGCACUUAUCAAACUCGUAACCAAACUUGUGCAAACUCCUUUGCCAAAUGCACGAACCACGAGAUCUGAUAGUACAACAGAAAUGGAACUUGGAGAGUCUUCACAAAGCUCGAAUUCCAGUCUAAAUGAUAGUCAAGAGAAAAUGAACACGUCUCAAACUGACGAAAGCAAAGUUGCAGAACAGCAAACUUCUUCGCGAACUCAUUCGACAUCCAAGCCUCGCGUGCCAUGCGUUGCCGAUACUGUUCUGCAACACGAACCCACCAUGAUGCGACUCUUAGGAUCGCUUGGACAUAGCUCUGGUUCGUCAUUAGCUAUGCUUUUGGGCGAAACAUCAAGUACAAAUGCAACGACUGAACUGACUGCUCCUCCUUCCAUUCCUGAUGCUACUUUCCAGUUACUUUGUACACUGACUAAAAAAGCAAGCAAUCCAGUUCUUGUCUUGAAUCCAGUUUACCAAUAUCUCGCUUCGUCGUGUAGACAGGGAAUAUCCGAUCGCCACAUGGACGUGAUGCAACUCUCAGAACCACUUUUAUGGUUCAUUUUACGAGUACUUGACAACGAAGCUUCAUUGUCCGUUUUUACGUCCAUGGGUGGUGUAAAGGUUUUGUGUGAGAAUCUUGUCAAGUCCAGCAAGAGCCGCAGUGGCAAUGGGUCAAAUUCCCCAGGUGUAAUAGCUCUAGUGAUGCAGCAUCUGUCAAACUCAACAAGCUUAACACCUGUUGUAUCGAGCAGCAGUAGUAAAAAAUCGGCUAAUGCGCUGGAAUUUUUCGAAGAUGGAUUGCUGAAUUUCGCACCUCUUGGAACUGUGUCUUGGCUUCAUCCAACAGCACAACCAGCGGACGUGCUCAUUCAAAGUGCAACGCCUCAUAGGCGAGCCAGAACAGCUGCAUGGUCUUACCACUUCUAUCCUGAUGAAGCCUGGGUGGAUUUGACAAUUACACUACCAUGCGCGAUUUUAUUAAAAGAGGUCGAGUUACAACCACACUUGGCAUCACUCUCAACUUGUCCAUCAGCUGUAGCUCUUGAGAUUUCACGUGAAGGAAAUACUGCUUUAAGUCCAAUUUGCCCGCCAAUGCCAACCGCUGGUCUAACAUUCAUUCGUUUGACACUGUCUCAGCCUGAAGUUGCAACUGCCGUUCUUGUAAGAUUGUACAAACCUCGCGAUUCGACAAAUAUCAGUCUCAGUCAAAUUCGCUUACUUGGGACGACCGCAUUCGGCGAUCCUAAAUCAAGCCAUGAUAUUAUUGAUGAAGAGCAACUUACUAAAACCAGUUUGGGCUGGCUGCGACUUGUUCACCAAUGUUUGUCUGUUAGCACAGUAAAUAGCAAUUUAACUGCCCAAGUUUUGAAUUCCGCAGCUUCAGUGGACGGUAUAAUUGAAUCGUGUUGCAAUUUGUUACUACUACCAGCUCCAUCGCUCUUUACACCAAAUUUAGAGAGAGUACUACUUCAGCUUGGUUUACACUCUUGCGAACUUGGUCUUCGCUUGAUCAAUCUUUUACUCAACAAUAGAACUGCUCCUCUUUUACAAGGCUCUGUAUUGAGUCAAGAAACAACCACAAUUCAGAUGGUGGUUGAGUUAUUGGAGCAACUGUGUUCAGCUCAAGACUCUAACACAAAAACUCGUAUGUCUGCUGUUCUAAAUUGGCUGUACACCGUGGCAAAAUCGUCUGCGUCAGACAAUGAGAAUAACAGUUCCUUUGGAAUGACGAACCUAGCAACUCCUCCAGCUGUUUAUAUUCAUUGCAUCUCUACUAUCAUUUGGAAAGCGGCUAAACUCGAAAAUCUUAAUUACGAUUUAAAAGAACUGGUCACCGAAGAUUUAUUUGAUGCACUGUAUCAGUGGACAUUAAUUUUGAAAACCCACUCGGCUCUUAAGCAAGCGAUCGACGCUGUUCUAUGCGCAUUUUGCUGCGUGAAGCCAGAAUUCUUCCAAUUAUUACUGCAAAGAGUUCAGAUUCUAGUGCCAAACAUGUCAAACGAACAGGCAGGUGCGUCGAUUUCUGAUGAUCGUAAAGAAAGCGAGGGUCAGACCGACGAUAUAAAGAGUGUAGCUGAUUUGAACGACUGGUAUGCACAUCUUGCUCAGUCACAGUUUAAGCGCCUAUCGUUGACGGAAGGACAACUACUAUCGAUAGCUGCGGCAGCGCGCUCAACUCCUGGUAUCUGCCAACUGCUCAAUUCUGGAUUAACAACUCUCUUAACUGCUUGUAUAGUGGAGUUUGCAAUUCUGGAAAAAGCAAAACAAACUCAUGAACAUCAAAGACAACAACAACAACAUCAACACCACGAGGCGGAUAAAUUAACAACAGAAGAACCAAGUUCGCCUUCAUCAGUCGACAAAGAUGCAGCAAGCUGCUCUGGUAUGACCGACAGUGAUAAAGCAGGCGAAAGUACAACACAAGGGAACAAAAUCGAAGGGCUCGAUAUGAAUGAACCUGAAAGUAUAGCAAUCGUACUCGAAUUUCUAUCUUUGAUAUGUUCCGAAGGCAAAAUGCGGGAUUGGCUUGGCAAAGAUGGUAGUGGAUUUUGGUUACCGUUACUUACUUUAUUAAGUGACAGACCAAUUGAGAAUCCAUCAACAUCUUCUUUACGCUGUUCAAAAACGAGCAUAUCGUAUGCGAAAUUGGAGGCUGCCAUGAUUAAAUUUUUGUCAAAAUGCUGCUGGUGUCAUCCAGCUAAUCAAAAACUAUUAGCUGAACUUUUAACUGAAGUGAUAAUACAACAAAAAACACCUGCCGGUUCGCGAGGUUUACAUGGAAUUUCAGGAUUCACGCGAAGGCUUAUCCUUCAACUUUUGCUGGAGGGCGAAAAAAUUUUGGUAUCAGUCACAUCUGAAGCACCUAUGAAACUGUCAACCAUUGGCAGCAGUAACUUACCAGUAAUGCCACCACAUCCAGCCUUUCCACUUGGUCAUUAUCAUCAUUUACUGUACAUGUCUACUCAAUCAACGGUUGCGGAUAUUUUGCAACAAGUUUCAGGCACUUGGCUGCUUUUGCUGCUCCCCAAUAAUUAUAAAGGAAACGAAGCAGGUACAAGCAGUCUGGCGCGUAACCGCGAGCUGUGGGAGUCCGGUAUGAACAUCGUCAUGGACACUCUCAGCGUUGCAGCCGGUAAUACCGCUAAGGACAAGCGAGCCAAAGAAGCUUCCAAUAGGUCGCAAGCACGAGGUCCUAUUAUUCGAAAAACACGUCUUAACGCAGAUGGUUCUGUAUUGACGACUAAAAGUUCUAGUAGCAAUUCCCAAGGAAGUUCAAGUAGUAUGGCUAACCAAAACUAUUUGAGCCUUUCAUCAAGACCUAACACUACACUACCGCCAGAAUUGACUAUAGCUCAAUUACUUUCAAUUGUUGAAGAAAGUGGAGUUUCGUUAUCAGAACCAUGUUUGUACCUAACACUACGGCAACGAAAUAAAGAUUCAAAAGAAGAGUCGUCAAAAUCGAAUAAUCGGAAUUUGUUGACCUUAUGGACAAGCAUCGAUAGUACCUUAGAAGUUUUCAGUUCGAAAGGUGGAUUAACUAUACUUGCAAAGCAUUUACCAUUAGUUUAUCCAGACUCUAGUCGACCGGCACUUCUCGUUGAAAAAUCACCUACGCAAGAGCAAUCUGAUGCUGAUUGGGUAAAAAUUGAGCAUAAUGACAAUGUCUAUGAAGAUCUUGAGGAGGGUACAAGUAACGGGCCACCAAGAGCUAUUCCACCAACACCUCAGGUGCCUCCACAUUCUUUGGCUGCGUUUGGUUUAUUUUUGCGACUUCCUGGCUAUUCGGAGGUACUGCUUAGGGAUCGUAAGCGAGCUCAAUGCCUACUGCGUCUGGCUCUUGGCGUUACCGAUGACGGUGAAGGCGGUGAUGUACUUAGUUCACCGCUAGCAGUUUCAUUACCAACUUUACCUUUUCAAGUACUCAAACAGCUUCUCGAUGAUACACCGCCAACGACAGAUGAUGGUCUUCUUUUGCGACGAACCUCAAUUGAAGUUGGCGCCGUAUUGCUGUUGCUUAAUUGUUUGGCUAUUUUUACACAUCAAACUGGAUAUAAUGAAGGUUCGGAACAACGUGCAGGUCAAUCUGGAAGCCGAAGCGAUGACAAAUCUCAUCUAUAUUGGGCCAAAGGCACUGGUUUUGGCACUGGUUCGACGCAGCAGUCUUGGAACGUCGAACAAGCUUUAAUGCGACAGCGUUCUGAAGAAGAGCACGUAACCAUUCUUCUGCAGGUGCUUGCAAGCUAUAUUGGGCCGGGCGAUCAACCUCAGAAGGAACUACCAGCUGCUUUUACAGAGUUGCUGUCGCGAUCUUGUUUGUUGCCUGCUCUGUCUUCAUAUCUACGCAACGACUCCGUCCUUGAUAUGGCACGCCACAUACCACUCUACCGCGCUGUACUCCAGUUACUGCGUGCAAUGGCUAAUUCCAGUCAAUUGGCGCCGUUGUUGUUACCGAGGAGUGGAAAAUCUGGCGAUCCCUCGAUCGUUUCACUGCUCUCUAGUAUGAGGUUGUGCGUUGACACGUACGUGCAUAAGAUAAACAGAACAAAGAACAGCAAGGGCAAGUCUAGUUCUAAGUAUCCCGAAGACGGCGAACAAGAUGAAGGUCUAGCUACCUUAAUCCCCGACAUCCAGGAAAGUGCAACGAUUGUACAAAAUGCAACUGCUAGGUUAGUGGAAGCUAUCGAAGAGAUUGCGGGGCCUAGUCCAUCAGGUCCAGAAGUACCUUUGAAAACGAUUGAACAACGUUAUCUUGAAGUUAUGAAAGCACUGCAGUUUGACACGUACGAGAUGAUAGUCGAAAAUCCGGAUGGUGGAUUCAAGUUCGCUAUUUCGUAUCACUUCGAAUCAAACAUGCGCUCAGCAGGUGAACGCAACCACCCUACACGCGUUAAGCGUCUUGCUCAGGAGGCUGUUACUCUUUCGACCGCUUUGCCGCUAUCGUACAGCAGUAGCGUAUUUGUGCGGUGCGAUACCGAUCGGUUAGAUGUAAUGAAAGUCCUGAUAACUGGACCGGCAGAAACACCUUAUGCCAAUGGCUGCUUUGAGUUCGAUGUUUACUUUCCAUCAGACUAUCCUAAUUAUCCAAUGAUGAUUAAUCUUGAGACGACGGGCAGGCGUUCCGUGCGCUUCAAUCCAAAUUUAUACAACGACGGUAAAGUAUGCCUCAGUGUUUUGAACACAUGGCACGGUAGACCAGAGGAAAAGUGGAACGCUCAUACUAGCAGCUUUCUUCAGGUUUUAGUAUCCAUUCAGUCGUUAAUCUUAGUAUCCGAACCGUAUUUCAACGAACCAGGCUUUGAACGUUCGCGUGGGACGUCUAGCGGUGCACAAUCUAGUCAAGAGUAUAACGCCAACGUUUGUCAAGCUACUGCAAAAUGGGCGAUGCUUGAUCAGAUUCGUAACCCUUGCCCAUGUUUCAAAGAGGUAAUACACACCCAUUUCUGGCUCAAGAGACACGAAAUAGUAGCACAAAUAGAGGGUUGGAUUAGAGACAUGGAAAUGCAUGGAGCAGACCGACGAUCAGCUAGGACUAUAUCAUUGAGCGCUUUAGCAUUAAGGAGGCAUUACAAACAAUUGAGGGAAGAACUGAACAAACUGCCAACGCCAGAGGGACUAGAGGAUCUAGCAGAGCCUCUGCGCCCACCAAGUUCGCCUCUAGAAAUGUCUGGAACUCCUGGCACCCCAAGUACGCCAAUAACACACCCUACCAACUUUGUCAACGCUACACCGACGAGUAAUAACGCCGCUGAAACCAGCAAUCACGUGCAUCAUGAUAUUGAUACAGACGUCGAGAUGGAAAAAAUGGUCUCGAAGGUCUGCGAAUGAGCAGGAUUCAUUUCAAAGAAAUUGUUGGACAUUUUUAAAAGUCUAUUGUUAGUGUUAUUGUGAAUAAAUCGUUGUCGAUAAUUGUCGGCAAUGCAAAAAAAGUCUGUCGAAAAGAAAAAAACUUCAGAAAUAUUGACUUGAAAAAUACAAAGCAAAAGACAAUGUUCAUCUUAAAAGCGAAAUAGCUGAGAACUCAUUAUUCUGGACGAGAAUUUGAUCGUUGAAGAGAUUCCUCGUUGUGAACAAAUGAUACAGUAAAAGAAAAAAAAAAUAAUAACAGGAGCCGUUCAUAGUGCGCGCAUACCGAGGCUGCUAUAAUAUAUGUGCACUGCGUUCGUUCUACUACUGUGUGUAAUUGAAUAAAAGUAACGACCGUUACCUUUGCUAUUCAUUAUAGAUGUUCCUCGUUUGUAAAGCCGACAGAAACGAUAUCGGCAUGCAAUACGACUGCAGGAUUUCAGGUUGAUUGUCUCUUUUGUUGUUGUACAAUUGAAAUCCAAAUUGGUCGCAUUGUUUUUAUUAAUUUAGUUUUGGUAUCACUCUAUUUUUUUCCUUAAAAUAUUGGUCGAAUAGACGAGAGUGAUUUCAAACUUGAUACUGUUUUAAAUCGGCCUCUUUAGAGAUAAAAGAGAGUUAAUACAUUUUAUUAAAAUUGUGCGUUUAAUCAUAUUCCGAAUUUUUCCCCAAGAAUCUAAGGGAUCUAGUUUUAUUUUUCCUUUUAUUUUGUAUCUACGCGUAUAAAUGAAUUGUUUAUGUCGUUAUUUAUAUAUUUCCUCUCACUGCAAAACGUUGACUUUGAUACUUGAAACUGAAAAAGAGAGUGUUUGAUGUAGAUAGCGUUAUGUUUAUAUAAGAAGCGAUAAUGUGAUCAGGAGGGAUCGCGAUGGCAAACCUUGCUGGUAAUCGGUUAAUGUAAAUAAUUUCCAAUAAGUAAUCUUGCACACACGUAUACAUGUUUGUAAUUCUAAAAAAAAAUGGAGUAUUGAAAGAGUGCUCGACGGAGUGCAUGUCUUGGAAAUAAAAGAAAAAUAAAAAAAUUACCUAUAUAGAUAACAACAAGAAAACCUAUGCAUAGAAUCCCAAUUCAAGUGCGACGAAUGGUAUGCGAGUCGCUUUUCUGAUGACACGAUGAUUGUAAAGUGAUGUAUGGAAAAGAAAACAUGUUAAUAGUUAUUUAUAAUAAAUCAUUAUUACCACUCGCA